CGUAAGCUCUGGGUAUGGCCCCUGUCUUCCUCCCGGGCCGACGUGGGCCGUGGGAAAGUGUUGUUAAACGUUUACAAACGUUCGCUUUGCUGAGAAUAUCGUCUUCUUUGAUACCGCGGACCUCACGUUCGCAUCUUCUCAGCGACAUCAUGAUGCGGCUGCCGCUGUCAAUACAAUAUUCCCGAUCUGCAAGCACUCGGAGUCAACAUGUGAUGGUUGGUCGCCUGUGAUCGUGCGUAGUCUGGUCGAACCUGAUAUAAAUAAGCAUGAGGACUUCCUUUCUGCCUCCUCACCCCCAGGGUUCUACUCGAGCACCGGUUAAGAUCUGGACUCUUCUUUUAUCUGGUCUCCAUGAGGCUUCUCGCAAGACUCAAGUCCACCCUACUUUUAGUUGUGGUUGCUCGCAUCAUUUCCACUUCUGCCCAUUCCAAUGACCUUAGUGGUCUGUACGCAUUGGUGAAAAGGCGCAUGCCUAGUCACUCUAACGCGUUCAUAUUUAAUCUGUCGACAUCCAUCAGCUCAGACGCGGACACGUUCAAAAUACGUGAUGCUUCGCAUGAUGAAGGAGAUGGAAGUGCGAAAAUUUACAUCGAGUGCACAACCAUAAGCGCUUGUGCAAGAGGGCUGUAUACCUAUGUCACGGAAUUCGGUGGUGUGGAUAUCUGGUGGACAGGUUCACGACUUGACCAGCUCCCCCAGCAGCUUCCCACCAUACAGGAGCCGGUAACCAGAAGUGCUAUUGUGCCGUAUCGUUAUUUCUUCAACACGGUCACGUUUGACUACACGACCGCAUUCUACACUUUCGAUGAUUGGUCUUUGCUUCUUGAUUGGCUCGCGUUGCGCGGUGUCAACCUCCCUCUGGCUUGGGUCGGUUACGAGUAUAUCCUGGUGGAAGUAUUUCGAGAGGCUGGGCUCACUGAUGCGGAAAUCGCAGGCUUUCUGUCUGGUCCUGCCUUCCAGGCAUGGAACAGGUUUGGUAAUAUACAAGGCAGCUGGAGCGGUGAUCUUCCAACGCAGUGGGUCAACAACCAAUUCGCUCUGCAAAAGCAGAUCAUUCCCCGUAUGGUUGAACUGGGAAUGAUCCCUGUUCUCCCAUCGUUUACCGGAUUCGUCCCCCGCGCUUUUCACAACUUGUAUCCAAACGCAUCCAUCGUCAACGGCAGCCAAUGGAGCGGCUUCCCCUCAGCAUAUACCAACGAUUCAUUCCUCGAACCUUUUGAUCCCCUUUUUGCAAGUUUGCAAAAGUCCUUCAUCGACAAACAGAUCGCCGCGUACGGCAACGUCUCUCAUAUCUACACGUUGGACCAAUACAAUGAGAAUGAUCCCUACAGCGGCGAUCCCGCAUAUCUUCAAAACGUCACCUCAGCCACGUUUGCAAGUCUGCGAGCAGCCGACCCGGAGGCUAUAUGGCUCAUGCAAGGCUGGUUAUUCUUCAGUGAUCAAACAUUCUGGACCACCGAGCGCGUGCAGGCAUAUCUCGGCGGUAUCCCGGGAAACGAUAGCAUGAUCAUCCUUGAUUUAUACAGCGAGGCGCAGCCUCAAUGGGAGCGACUGAGCUCGUACUAUGGAAAGAAAUGGGUCUGGUGCGAGCUGCACGACUAUGGUGGCAACAUGGGCUUUGAAGGGAACUUCAUGAAUGUCACCGCAGAGCCACUGCGCGCCUUGACAUCACCUGGUUCCUCUAUGGUUGGCAUGGGCUUGACGCCUGAGGGUAUGGAAGGGAACGAGAUUAUUUACGAUGUUCUGCUUGACCAGGCUUGGUCUCCUACAGCUAUCAACAGGACAUUGUAUGUGUCGGCCUGGGUAUCAAGGCGAUACUACAUCUCCGACCUCCCUUCAUCUGCUAUAAAUGCGUGGGAGAUCCUGGGGGCAACGGUCUACAGCAACCGAGAUCCAUCUUCACAAGCCACCGUGAAGAGUAUCUUGGAGCUAGCACCCGCACUCAGCGGGCUCGUUAACCGGACGGGACACCACCCAACUCUAGUCUUCUACGAUACGAACACGACUAUCGUCCCUGCCCUGCAGAUGCUCAUACAAGCAGGCUACGAGUCCAAAUCGUUGCUGAACAUUCCAGAGUUCAAAUAUGAUCUUGUAGAUGUCACACGCCAGCUGCUCGCGAACCGCUUCAUUACCCUCUACGAAACACUUGUUGCCACGUACGCAUCGAGUUCAUCCAGCAGUGCAACUAUCGCUGCAGCUGGUCAACCUCUCUUGCAGCUAUUGCAUGAUUUGGACGAGCUUCUGCUCACCAACGACUACUUCCUCCUCGCGAACUGGAUUAGUGCAGCCAGGAGCUUGUCGGAUGGAAACGCGUCAUAUGCUGCGUUCCUUGAGUACAACGCACGGAACCAGAUCACGCUGUGGGGUCCCACAGGUGAGAUCAAUGAUUACGCAUCCAAGCAGUGGGGUGGUCUCGUUGGCACAUAUUACGUUCCACGAUGGACGACCUUUGUAGAGCACCUGGUCGGCACGAAGGCAAAUGGCACUGCGUACAAUGCGACAGCUGUUGCAAACGCCAACCUUGUGAUUGGGGAGCAGUGGGAUGCUCAGACGUGGGGCCAGACGGUCAAUUGGAAAACAGUGGGCGACUCGUGGAGUAUGGUGCAAGCUUUGGCAACAAAAUAUACGUAAAAGGUUGUUGGUAUCUU